AUGAAGGUUCUUAAAAUAAAAUUAGAGGAACUAGCAAAAUUGUUUAUUAAGAAGAUCCCUGUAUGUGAUCUAUUUCUUGGAGAGCGGGAUCGUUCAGAAUCACGCUUUGAACUUGAAGAAAUUAUUGAAACGCGUGGCCACAAAGUCAUUUUUUACUCUAAAUUUCACUGUGAAUUGAGAUGUAUUGGGGGGCUGCGAAGGGAUAUUGGCCUCAAAGGUACCAGAAAUAACAUUAUCAAUCUGUCUCCUCCAUUUUGCAAAACUCAUGGUUCCCUGACUUCCGACCAGUGGAAACUUGCCGAGGACAUCUUUAUCUGUUAA